AUGGCUCCAUCUGGAAACUGCACCUCUGUCAUCAACUUGCGUUACCAAGAUGGCAGCGAGGGGAGCUCCUCCAACCCUGCCAAGUUCAACAACCAAGACUAUGUGCAGCUGAAAGAUACCUACCUGCGCAGACGUAAUCUGUUUGUGGACAGCACCUUCCCACCUGACAACCGAUCUCUGGGAGACGUGCCUGAUCUGAGCUGGAGGCAUGAAGCCCAAGUGGAGUGGCUUCGACCAGCGGACAUCUUGAAAGCACAAAACCGCAGCGAAGAGCCUGUUUUCUGCACAAAAGGAGCCUCACGCUUUGACUUUGGUCAAGGCAAUGUGGGUAACUGUUGGUUUCUGGCUGCAAUGUCCGCACUGACAUUCCACAAAGGCCUGAUGGUGCAAGUUGUGCCUAUGGAUCAGACCUUCGAGAACUACGCAGGGAUAUUUCACUUCAGGUUCUGGAGGUUCGGCAAGUGGGUGGAUGUUGUCAUCGAUGACCAUCUGCCAACAUUCAACAAGCAGCUACUAUCUGUGCGAUCCAACAGUGGAAAUGAGUUCUGGGGUCCUCUGAUGGAGAAAGCAUACGCCAAAGUGUGUGGUUCGUAUGCAGACCUGCAUGCUGGGAUGCCAUCAGAGGCCUGCAAGGAUUUCAGUGGAGGCGUGCAUAUGACUUAUGAACUUCAGAAUGCCCACAAGUCAGGCCAUGAUAUGGAGCUGUGGGACUCACUGAGCAGAGCCACCGAUUGCAAUUCCAUGAUUUGCUGCGGGACUGCUCCCUCAAGAGGGGGUGGGAUUGUGAACAGUGUGGCGCAAAAUGGAAUUGUGGAUCAACAUGCCUAUUCUGUUACAGCAGUCACUGAGGUUGAAUAUUAUGGCUCCAAAGUGAAACUGGUGCGAGUCAUGAACCCUUGGGGCAGACAAGAGUGGAACGGAAAGUGGAGUGACAAGUCUGACAUGUGGAAUAGAGUAAGCCCAGAGGAUCGGGAGAAGUGUUUUGACCGCCACGAUGGGGAGUUCUGGAUUGAGUUGGAGGACUUCUGUCACAAUUUCGCCGACUUGACCAUCUGCUGUGAGAACCCCAACUUUAUUGACGGCGACCUCACCUGCCAGUGGAAGUGCAUGGUUUAUGAUGGCAGCUGGGUAGCAGGGAAAUCUGCAGGCGGCAACUUAUCUUACACUACUUUUGAGACCAAUCCUCAGUUCCGCAUGGAGGUGACUAAAAUCGACAGAGAGGAGCAGGAAGACAAAAACAUCUUCCUCUCUCUGAUGCAGAAACCUCAGCAGAAGCAUCGCAAAAGGGAAGACUCCUACCCAAUUGGACUUACCAUCUUUAAGAUUCCACCAGGGACACCAAAAGGACGCCUGAGGUCCUCCUUCUUCAACAGAAACUAUCCUGUGAAGCAAAGACAGCUUUACACCAACAAAAGGGAUCUGAUUGAGCGGCACAGUCUGGAGCCUGGAGAGUACGUGAUCAUCCCCUCCACCAUGAAACCCUACAUGUCUGCAGAGUUCGUUCUCACUGUCUACUCCAAGGCUGAGACUAAGAUCAGCCCCCAUGAUGAAGAUGACCAUGAUCAUGACCAUGAUCAUGACCACGAUCAUGACCACGAUCAUGACCACGAAGAGGAGGAGAACCUGAUUCUUCCCGAGCCUCCAAAAGAGAAAGACGAUAAGGACGACACCAGUCCCAUCCGUACCAUGUUUAACCGCUACGCUAAUCAGUACGGUGAGCUGAAACCCAGACAGCUUCAGAGGCUCCUGAAUGACAACUUCCCUCAUGGCGGCUGGAACGGCUUUGGUUUGGAUACCUGCAAGAGCAUGAUAGUCUCUGUGGAUAUCGACAAAAGGAUGACAAUGACCUUCACUGAAUUCUCAACUCUCUGGGAGAAGAUAAGUCAAUACAAGAAACUCUUUCAUCGCUCAGAUUUGAACCAGAGUGGAUCCCUGUCUGACUAUGAGCUCCAGAGGGCAAUCGAGUCUGCAGGGAUGGAUGUGGACGACAUCUUGGUGAGACUGCUGAUGUUCCGUUUUUCAGACUCCUCAAGCACCAACAUGGAGAAUUUCAUCACUCUCAUGUUACGCCUGGACAAGGCUUCAAAUGUUUUCAGUGGAAAAUCAUCUGAUGGGGUGAUCAACUUCACCUGGGAUGAGUGGUCCAACUCCUUCCUGUACAGCUAA